AAACCACCGUGACGAAAACAAUGCCGCAACAGCUGAUCGACUAUAUCCUUCUCGCUUCGUGGUAUGCUUUAACCUUUUCCAAGCUCCGUCUGGCUGUGGUCUGGCUCCGUCCAGUUACGUGUAUACGUGCUAUUAUUCGUAAUCAUUCGUAAUCGUACAAUGGAUGUCAACAUUUCGGACGAUUCAAGGCGUAUGUUAUAUAGUGGUGACAGAAGCAGUUCUGAAGAAGAGUGGUCCGAUGAAUUAAGUGAAGAGUCAUGUUAUUCUGACAGUGACAGCUCAGUUCCUGAGUGGGAAUCAUCAAUUCAUGAUAUUACAGGAGAAUUAUUAUUUAUUGACUGUCACCCUUUUGUGACUCAAAAUAAUGUAGACAACACUAAACAAAAAGAACAAUUGCGACCAUUCUCAAAAGAUCAAUUGAGACGUAGCACCAGGGGCAAGUUUCUUCGAUUAAUACGAAGAAGAGACAGCCAGAGACACAGCAGAAGGGAUCAGAAAUCACAAGAUACAUUGGAUUCGUCCACCAAUAAAGUGAAAUUUCACGACUCACAAGAAGGCGAGGAGAAAGAAGUAAUCUUAAAGCUUAAUAAAGAUAAUUUUCGGAAAGAUAAAGCUUUAUCAGAAAUUUUGUUAGGAAUAAAUGUUGAGACUUUGUCUGACGGUAAUCGUGUAAUGGUUGCUGGAUUUUUGCCAGAUAGUGACGCUAAACAUGAAAAGAACAUCAAAAUUGGAGAUUGGUUGAAAAGUGUAAAUCACAUUCCAGUAACUAAUCAGAAUUUAAACAGUGUUCUUGAGAAGUUUCUUGAUAAGAAUGAUGUGUUGCUAAAGCUUCAGAGAGUUGCAGGGGUUGAAGUAACUAAGGAUCCUCCAAUAAACGAGUUGAAUUAUCAGUCAAAAUUUGUAAGGGAAUUGGUGAAAUUUAAUAAAGAAAGCGAACAAAUCUUGUUUGAAAAGCUAUGUCAGUACCCUGUUGGGGUGGUUUACUUAAGUAUAGACAAAUUGAGUGAAACAAGUUCUGAAUUUGAAGAUGUUAUAUACUGUUAUACAUACCCAUUCCAAAAGUCAGUAUUGUGUCAGGCAAGAGGAAUUUUUAUAACUUUGAAUCAUUUAAUAAAUGAAGUGACAAAGAGUAGUCCCAAAAUCACGUCAUUCCUGUAUAGAGAAAAGCUGUAUCAUGUUACUUACACCUGCUUAAAUAAUAAACUCCUGCUUUGUAUGUUUCCGGAUUAUCAUGUUUCAUUAGGAGAAUCUCUUCUCGUAACAAAAGAAAUUGUAAGAAUGCUUAUAUUUCUGUAUGAAUCACUAGAUAAAUCUUUUACUAAUGAAGUAAAUAAAUCUCAAGUUGAUCACUUCUUUGGUCGAUUUUUUACUAAAUUACUAAAUGGUGGAAUGUGGACAAGUAGUGACGUACUGCUUGCUUAUUCAGAAGUGAGUCAGAAUUUGAGACUUUUUGAAGAUGUUCUUCCAGCGGCAACGUUAAUGCCACUGUCAAAUGAAGCUUUUAUGCAAGUUGAUGAUGCCUUAACAGAGUUAGAAGCUAGUGACUAUAGAGAAUGGAACGAAGAACCACUGGAUUGUCAACGAUUGUUCACAAUUCUUGGUAGUGCUUUAUAUCAUGAUGGAUACUUGUUAGCGUCUCACCUAAUGUAUGAAGAUCUAAUUGAUGUACAUAUUUAUUGUCGUCAGCAAGGAUUUUUUCAUUUAUCUAAAACAGAACCAGUGAAAACUUUGGUUCUGUGGAAAGAGGUUUUCCCAUGCUCUUGUAGCAGAAAUGAAAACAGGAAUGUGAAAGUUCCACUCGGAAAAAGAUACUUGCUUCUGGUUGGUAGUCAAAAGGACUUGCUGGCUGUAAUAAUGGAGGCAGGUGGCUGCACAGAACCAGGCGAGGAAAAUAUGGGUCCUGAUGCUUUCUAUGUUGAGGAAGUCCAAGCAACGCUGGCCCACAUCCAAGAAUUAGGAAUUUCCGACCUUGCUGAUCGUUGGAUAGCUUCAAAUCCCGGACCGCAAGUCACUAUUCCCGAAACAUGCAAUAAGCGCAAGUCAGAUUUCUUAGAUAAUUUGAGUAAAACAGUUUCACAACAUAAAGAACACAGAAAACCUGAAGUGAUGUCUAUUUUGAAACGACGGAAUUCCGACCAGGCUCUCAUUCAUUCCAGCUCAUUACUUCUGUCUGAUGAUCCCUGUGAUAUGCAUUCGGAAGAUUCAGGUAGCCAAGGAGGGCAUAGUGAAAUGAGCGAUGAAAAUUCUAAUGUGAGAAGGAGAAAAUAUGAUUCCAAUGAUGAAGAAUCGGAUAUAGAUGAUUAUGGGGACGGUAGUCAAAUGAGCAACAGCAGUUUCGAUAUUUCAGAGUUACGUCAAACGAUUUUAUCAGAGACUGGGGGUUUUCAGCCUCAGCAGUUGACUACUGGGAAAGAGAACGUUUUGUUUCACUUUGUUCAGUUUGACUCUACGGAAGGUGUGUUGGUUUGCGCACCAGAAUGUAGGAUAUCAUCACAAACUCUCGAUGCAAUUUUGAACUGUUUUCGUCAGGCAUGUCACAAGAUACAUUGCUUGUUUCAGAAUACAAUGAGAUUUAAAAACAUGCCUGCUCAAGAUAUGGCAAAAUCUGUAAUGAAUAAAAGUCUCAUAGCAAUCAAGGAACAUGGAAUUAUGUUUGAAUGUCCAUUCUUAGAUGAUGUUGAUACUAAGAAAUAUAAAAUCAAAUAUUGGGUUGUUGGGAGACUGUUCUACAUGCCUCAUCCCCGUGAAGUUUAUGUUUGUUACCAAGACAGUAUUCCGCAAAAUGUCAUAGAGUUGGCUUUUAAAAUUGAUUUAAGUACAAUGAAUUAACAUUUUUUUAAAAACGUUUAUUAAUAUAAGCGUAAAAAAUAUGUGAGUUUUUUUUGAGAAAGAUGAACUGUAGUAUUUUUUUUAUAAUGCAUCUAAUAAUAAAACUCUAAGUAACAUA